AUGCCCAGGCAAGGACGCAGCACGCGGACUGCACUCUCACCUAUCUCGAACUUCUCUCUGAAUAACGAAGCUGCAAACAUAAAAAGAUCCCUCGUCUUAAAACCCGCCAGGAAACCCAGUGACACACUCUCGCAGUGGCUUGGAUCUCUCUUUAUCUACGCCUCUAUCGUAGUAGUAUGUGCUUUUCUAACGUGCACAUCCGUUAUUUUGAACAAUCUUUUGUACUUUGGGGCUAUUACUGGGUUAUUCGGGCCCAGACCCCUCUACAUCCUCCUGACCUUCAUUAUCUUC